UGCUCAGACUGGCCUUGAACUGGUGACCCUCCUGCCUCAGCCUUCCAGAGAGCUGGGAGUACAGAAUGCUAAGCUACUGAGUUUUCAAGGUAAAAGCAAAAAUUUCCUGUUACCUGAACAUAGGUGUGUGGCAGUUCUGUUAUGGAGUAUCUAUGCGUGGCCCUGAGUUGGUCUACAUGUGAUUUGCGGAGUUAAUGAUUAGCCCAGCAGUUGUCUGAGCGACUUAUUUCCACGAGGCUGCAAGUAUUUCAUCUGCAGAAGAGGACAGAAGGCACCAUGGCCCUUUCGCGCCUUUGGGCUGGGCUGGUAGUUCUGAAUCUAGUGACAGCUGCUAGGAGCCAGAAGACAGCGCCUUUAAGUGGCUCUGGGGAACAGCCGCUCUUCCGCGAGGCUGAUCGCCACGACUUCGCCAUCAUGAUCCUCCCAGGGGGCACAGAGUGCUUUUGGCAGUUUGCCCACCAGGAUGGAUACUUCUACUUCAGCUAUGAGGUGCAGCGGGUACUGGGGAUGUCACGCGACUGGCACGUUGCUGCCACAGCACACACCCCGCGGGGUUUCCUCAUAGAAACCUCCCAGGACGUUCGGGGCCAGAUUAACUUCUCCACCCGAGAAUCAGGUUACUAUCAGCUUUGUCUAAAAAAUCAGCAAAAUCACUUCAGUUCUAUGCACGUCUACCUCAACUUUGGAGUCUUCUAUGAGGGGCCUGAGACAGACCACAAACAGAAGGGAAGAAAACAGCUGAAUGACACCCUCGACGCAAUUGAGGAGAGUGCACAAAGGGUGCAGAGCAACGUCUUUCACAUGUGGCGAUUCUACAACUUUGCGCGGAUGAGGAAGAUGACGGACUUUUUCCUUCUUCAGUCAAACUAUAACUAUGUGAACUGGUGGUCGAUAGCCCAGAGCCUGGUUAUUGUUCUGUCUGGGAUCUUGCAGCUGUAUUUUGUGAAACGUCUCUUCAAUGUUCCAACAACAACUGACACAAAAAAGCCAAGAUGCUAAGCGGACUAGAGACUUGGGCUUUUCUGCUGGGGUGGUGCUUUGCCAAAGCUUUCGUUAGCUCAGCUUUGCAAGAUUAGAAAAAAUUAAUAUUUGAGUCCACUGUGCUUAUCAAUAGUGGUAAAACAGCAGUAAGUCAUAAAAAUGUAAACAUUGAGAUUGGCUAUAUCUGAGGUAUGUAUCAACACCUUCCUGGUGGCUUGAUCCACCGGGGGAACAGAGUGGCAGAGACAUACAAAUUACCGCCCCGUGGUGACUGUUAAACAUGUAAGAUUAAAAUACUGUUUAUCAGACAGCAGCCCCUGAGCUUCACUGAUUCCACUGACCGGGGAACAGAAGCGCUGGGAGCGAAAACUGAAAAAAGGUGGGACAGAAGCAGGUUUGCUUGCAGAGAAUAACAGGAAUUAAUAGAAUGCCUUUUUGUAGUUUAAUGUAUUUUAUUUUUAAAGAUGUAAACAUUUGAAAAAAAAAAAGACGUAAACAUUUGAAUUAAAAAUGAUAUACAGUAUACUGAUUUAAGGAAUUGUUUUACAACACAGGUGGUCUAAGAAAUUUUUGGCUGUGAGAUAUCUUUUAAAAAUGUUUUAUUAUGUGAUCGUUAUGUAUAUCUAAACCGUACCAAUAAAAUGUAAGUUUAAAAUGUUUUAUUCUAAAAAUAAUUUUGGGAAGAAUGAAGGAGCUGAAUUAUAAUUUCAUAGUCUCUAGUGCUUUUGGUUCAGUCUAGUCAUGUAAAGAGGGGUUCCUAAGAGAAACGUUUUAUGAAAUCAAAGUGAUGAAAAGAACAUUUCAGCCUGGGCGCAUCUCAUCCAUGAGAAAGAUCAUUAAAAAAUCAGGUAAGAAACAAUAAAAUCAUGUUACGUUAGGGUCCUAUGCGUAGUAGUAGACAUAUGUAAUAUAAAAAUAACUAACAUUUAUUCAGCACCUCUCAUUUGCCAGGCAUUGUAGUAGAUGCUUAACAAUCAUGAUUUCUGAUCCUAAAAACCAUUCCUAGGCUGAUGGUUUAAGGUUUUUUUCUUAAAUAGAAAAAGAAGAAAAUGCUUAUUAAAGUUGAAUGACUCCCUCCAAAGUGACAGAACUGGGAGGCAGAACUGGGGUUUAAAUAGAAGUUUUUCUUCUACACAUACAACACUUACUGUAUGUAAAAACAGCAGAAUAAAUUGCACUUACUCUAAGGACCAAAAUGUAUAAUAGGUAUUUGGAAAUGGGAAGAAAAUUUUCAAGUAGGGGAACAAUAGAGGGGGGUGGGGAAAAGGAAAGAACGGACAAGAAAAAAGAGAAUAGAAGGAAUAGAAAUAAAACUUGUAAAUAAGCAGGGGU